AUGGCACAUCCUAAAGUUCCAAUAGAACAACAAAAUAUUAAUAAACAAUCAAUUCAUCAACUUGGCAAUCAACGAGUAAAAGACGAAUUGUCUCAUAAAGUUUGUGAUGAUUCUAUAGAGUUAAAUGCAACAUGUGAAUUGGGCUGGUCUCAACUAAUAUAUGCUGAAAUUAUUUCGGUUACAAGUGCGAUGCGGAAAAAUUCACGUUGGUCAGGAAUGAGGGUUAGUGGUUUAAACAUGGGUGGUUUAGGUAUGAGUAUGGGAUUAAGAGGUAGUUCUUCAGUUUUGGAAGUUGGAUAUAGAAAUCAGGAAAGUCCUUUAAUGAUUGGUUUCGCAAAUCUUAGAGCGAAAUUAUCAAAUGUAUCAGAUAAAAAAGAAAUUGAUGCUUUAAUGUUAUUAGAACCAUUUCUAGAGGUUGUUCGGUCAGGAGAUACUAAUGGACCAAUAACAGCAGCAGCUCUUGGAAGUGUUGAAAAAUUUUUAACAUAUAGAAUAAUUAAUAGAACUUCACCAAAUUUACCACUUGCAAUGUCAAUGCUUUCAUCAGCUGCCACACAUUGUCAAUUUGAAGCUAGUGAUUCAAUUUCAGAUGAAUUCGUUUUACUAAAAAUAUUACAUAUACUGAAAUUAGCAUUGACAUGUGAAGUCGGUUAUGUAUUAAGUGAUGAAGCAUUGUGUGAAAUGAUGGAAACGGGAUUGAGCAUGUGUUGUCAAAUGAGAUUAAGUGAAAUGUUGCGCCGAUCAGCUGAACAUACAAUGAUAGUUAUGGUACAAACCAUGUUUGAGAGACUUAAAUCUCUUGAAGGAGAACCUACAAAAUGGCUUUCACAAGAUGAAGUGGAUGGAGAAAAAAAUUCUAUUCAUGAAUCUCAAGUGAGGAUGGCGCCUCCUGAUCCAAAAUCUCCUCGCCUUCCCUUAAAUUCUGAAUAUGAUAAUGUAUCUUCAGCCUUUUUAUCUUCAUUCACUUCAUCAAAAAAUGAUACCAUAAAUGAAUUGUCUUUAGACGAUGCAACUGAUGAAUUAGUUGAAUUAGAUGAAAAGGGAGAAGAAGUUCAUAAUGAAGUUAUUGUGGAUCAGGAAAAAGAUGCUGGUCAUGAUUCAAAUGCUGAUGCGGCAAACGAAGAUGAGAGAGAUUUAGAACCAAAGCCUUUUGGAUUACCAUCAAUACGAGAGUUGCUUCGGGUUCUUAUAUCUUUACUUAAUCCUCAUGAUGUUCAACAUACUGAUACUAUGAGACUUAUGGCUCUAAGUAUAUUAAAUGCCGCAUUUGAAGUUGGUGGUAAAACAAUAGGGAACUUUGAACCUUUACGAAAUCUUGCAGUCGAUGAAUUGUGUAAAUAUUUAUUUCAACUUGCUCGUACGGAUAAUAUUGCCCUUUUGUCACUUGCUCUUCGUGUCAUAUCAACUGUAUUUGAGACACUUCGCCCUUAUCUUAAAUUACAACAAGAAUUAUAUUUAUCAUUUCUUAUAGAAAGACUCACUCCGCCAACAAAUAAUUUGAGAAAUAUUGCAUUUAAUUCAGAAUUCUCAAUUAUAAAUAGUAAUAUUGAUUCACCAAUUACUUCUGGAUCAUCGACACCUAGUACUAGAGAACGUAAUUUACGUACAAGUGGUGAUACUACUUUCGCAACUGGUGAAGUUCGAGAAUUAUUACUCGAAUCACUUGGUCAAUUUUCCAGAGAUCCUUCCUUCAUGAUGGGUUUAUGGUUAAAUUAUGAUUGUAAUGUUGAUUGUGGAGAUUUAUUUGAAGAAAUAAUUAAAUUUUUGAGCAAGAAUUCCUUCCCAGAAUCUACCGGAUAUUCGUUUGGCAAUUCACACGUUGUCUGUUUAGAUUCUUUAUUACUGUAUGUAAAUCACAUGGUAGAAAGAUUACAAUCUGAGAAAUUAGAAGAAAAAACAGAAAAACCAAAAUAUACUUGUAAUUUAUCUUGGAAUCAAAUGACGGCAACAGAUUAUAAUAGUGGAUUAAGACCUAUGGCAUCACAUGGUAUAAUAUAUAAUGAUCCUUCUGUUGACAAAAAUACAAGUCUUGCGGAAUUUUUAAAAUCUACGCCACGUUUAAGUAAAAAACUUUUAGGAGAUUUUUUAUCUAAACCAGCAAAUAUUGAUAUUUUGCGAGCAUUUGUUGGACUUUUUGAUUUUGAUGGGAAACGAAUUGAUGAAGCUUUAAGAGAAAUGCUUGAAACUUUUCGUUUACCUGGGGAAGCUCAACAGAUUGAAAGAAUUAUGGAAACUUUUGCGGCAACUUAUUUUGCUACUGGUCCACUCGAUAUUGCGUCACAAGAUGCUACAUUUGUUUUGUCUUAUUCUGUUAUAAUGUUAAACACAGAUUUACAUAAUCCACAAGUUCGGCGCCGUAUGACGAUUGAAGAUUAUAUGAAAAACCUACGCAAUGUUAAUAAUGGUAAAAAUUUUUCUUCGGAAUAUCUUGAAAUAAUUAUGCCCGAAGAGCAUGAAGGUCAAUUAGGGUUCAAUUAUGCAUGGAAAGAGCUCUUACGGAGAGCAGAAUACACUGGUCCAUUUAUAAUAUGUGAUGUGUCUUCAUAUGAUAAAGAUAUGUUUACUAUUGCUUGGAAACCAACAGUUGCCGCAACAUCGUAUGCCUACGGAACUGCACAAGAUGACGCAACAUUACAAAAAGCCAUUACCGGAUUUCGACAAUGUGCGAUGUUAGCUGCAGAAUACAAGUUAUAUGAUGUAUUUGAUUAUAUUAUUAUGUCUUUAUCUAAGAUGACAGGAUUACUUGGUACUAAAUAUUCCAAUGAAACAGCCAAUAACCCAGCUAUCGAGGUUCAGAAUACAGAAAUUACAGUUAGUGAUCUUGCUAUACAAUUUGGACGAAAUUAUCAGGGUAAAUUAGCAUGUGUGGUUUUGUUCGAGAUUGCCAAUGAACAUGGAAAUAUACUUAGAGAUGGAUGGAAAUAUAUUUUAGAAAUAAUUAAAAAUCUUUUUGUCAACUCUUUAUUGCCAACUUCCAUGUUACAAGUUGAAGACUUUCUUGCUGGAACUAUAACCAUUCCUUUAAAACCAAAAACUUCACAACUUACUAAACAAGAAAGGUCCCGCGAUAAUUCAUUACUUUCUGCUUUAUCUUCAUAUUUAUUGUCCCCAUAUUCUGGUAAUUAUGAGUCUUCUCGUAGUGAUCCUACAAAUGAAGAAAUAGAGUGUUGUAUGUGUACGGUAGAUUGUGUUAGUGUCUGUCGUCUAGAAGAAAUCUUUGCAGACAUAAGGUUAGAAUUAUUAUAUUGUUUCAAAAUUAGGAGAUUGAAAUUAGAAAAAGAAUCUCUUGAACAUCUCAUGAAGGCACUUAAGUUCAUUGCAGAUGGAAAUACUGCUACAAAGAUUGGAGACAAAAAAAUCAAUUAUUUUUCCACACCUCCGAUCCCUAAUCCUUCCACCUCUCAAGAUUCAUUCUAUAGUUAUGAUCCAGCCGCAGUGUUCUUCCUGGAACUCAUGAUAAAUGUUACUUUACAAAACCGUGAUAGGAUUCAAUAUUUGUGGCCAAUUCUAUUUGAACAUAUUACUGAUAUUUUGAAGGAUUCUCAGAAUAACAGUAUUUUGUUGGUUGAGCGUACAGUGGUUGCUUUAUUGAGAUUAUGUAUUCGAUUAACUCAUAAGGAUGAAAUGGUUUCUGAUAUACUUCAAGCUUUAGAACUUUUAGGUGCUUUACCACUUGAAGUUAUUAAUUCAGUAGGGGAACAAAUGAUGGCUGGUAUCUUGAAUUUAAUUAAAUCUGAUGCAGCAUACAUUAGAGGGAGAAGACCUUGGGAAACAGUCUUUACUCUUCUUAGAGCCACUGCAACUCAUCCUCAAGCUUCUAAAUAUUCUUUUGAUGCCAUUUCUUCUUUAGUUCGGGAAAAUAAAAAUAUUAAUAGUGAUAAUUUUAAUGAAUGUGUUGAACUUUUGGCAGAAUUUGCAUCCGCUGCAUCUUUUGCUUUAGAACAAGAUUUAAACCAAGAGUCACAGGUGAGAACUCCGAGAUCUCGUAUAUCAAAAACUCAAUCAGCUAUAAUCGACAGAGCGAGGAAAGCUGUCGAGUUAUUACAUCUCUUGUAUACAGAAAUACCGAAAUUACUUGCCGAAUCCAAAACCUCGCAGCGUGAAGCAUGGUCAAAUUAUUGGCUUCCAAUUCUCACUGGUCUUAGUCAACAAUGUUAUAAUCCAUGUCGUGAAGUUAGACAAUAUGCAAUAUCGUUUCUUCAAAGAUCUUUACAGGACCCUCAACUAGUGUCACAUGGAGUUACGGAAUGGGUUGUUAUUUUUGAUGUAGUUUUAUUCCCUUUAUUGGAUCAAUUAUUAAAACCCGAAAUUUUUCACGCUGAUCCAAUCGGAAUGGAAGAAACUAGAAUACGUGCUUCGGCUUUACUGUGCAAAAUUUUUUUACAUUAUCUAAAUAGAUUAACGGAAUGGGGAGGUUUGCCUUCAUUAUGGUCACAAAUUUUAGAUGUAAUGGAACGUUAUAUGGCGACAGGAGAUAAUGAAUCUUUGCGUGAAGCGGUGCCUGAAUCAUUGAAAAAUAUGAUAUUGGUAAUGUCAUCUUCGGGAGUUUUUAAUCCACCAGAAACAAAUUCUGUUGAGACUAGUACUAGUGGUAAAUCACAAUUAGAACUUUGGGAUUUAACUUGGGAGAAAGUAGAUAAAAUUUUACCUGAUCUUAAAAAUGACCUUUUCCCGCAAGUUAAACCCACAUUAAAUAAUUCAUCCGAAUUAUCACAAAAUCAAUCACAAGAAAAUACUGAAUCUCAAGAUUCAGUAGAGAUUCAAUCAUCAUCGUUAGAUAAUGUAGUAGUAAUAAAUGGAGAAUUUUCUAAUGAAACAUCAAAUUGUGUAACAAUAGAUGAAGCAAUAAAUGAAACUAGAAGACAUCCUGCGCGUGCAUCAGAACCAAUAAAUGAAACUAGAAGACUACAUAAGGGUCCCUUAGUAGUGUUAUCCCCUAGAAAUUAUUUAUUAAGUGAUAUUGUUAAAUCACCAGAAAAGAAAUCGACACCAUCCGCUGCAGCUACAAAAGAAUUGGAAAAGAUGAAAACACAGGAUCGUGUUGUAUUAAACAUUGGCGGACAAAAGUUUGAGACAUAUCGUUCUACACUUACAGCUCAUCCAGAAACUUUACUUGGACAAUUAUGUCAAUCAAAUAAUUAUAAAAAUGUAAACGAAAUAUUCUUUGAUAGGGAUUACAAUCUCUUCAAGUAUAUCUUACAAUUUUAUCGUAAUGGAAAGAUAACUUGGCCGUCGACACCAACGGAACCCUCAAUUGAUGAAAUCAAUCGCGAAUUAGAUUUCUUCAAAAUUGAUCCUCAUAACGGUGGAGCUCAAAUAAUUGAUCUUGCUGUAUCCAGAGUGGAUAGAUUUAUUGAUCUAUUGUUCGAAGCUGUAUUCGAAGCUCGAUUAAAUUUUAAGAAAAAGCUCGAAUUUACUUUUUAUAAAGAAGGAAUCCUUCCAGUUGAAAUAUCACCCAAACUUCCAAAUAUUGAAAAAUUAAUUCAACAAUAUAGUCAUAUCGGUUAUACAAUUAUAAGCACACGAAACUAUAAGAUCGCUAGUCUUUUAACUAGUCAUCGAGAAGUGGCUCAAGGUGGAUUGAAAUUAGAAAUGGCGCAUAGGGUUGAACCAAAUCCAUGUUAUAAAAUAUACGUAGAAGCUUACCAACUGCUUUAUUCUAAAGCAGUACAAAGUUCUGCCUUGACAUAUCAAGGCCCCAAAAAACCUAGAGAAGGCGAAUCAUUACAAAGAUAG